GUCCGAGAGUGCAAGAAGCGUACGGAGCUCCUCUUGAACACUGCAGACAUGCACGCGUGGAGAGUCGUCAUUUUCUUGAGCCUACUGGCCGCCGCCAUCGCCCAGGAGCAGCAAGUCCAUCUCGACGAAGAGCAUGGCAAGAGGUACAACGUCACACUGAACUUCGACGACAUCCCAACCAACAGCUCGGGCAUCGGAUUCGAUCCAUGGAAGCAGUCAAAACCUCUGCACUACAAUGACCUGUUCUUCCAGUCAUUCACCGUCGUCAAUGUCGCCAAAGCUCGCGACUCCUUGCCUCACCCAAUCGACCUCCUCUGCGCCAGCUCUGCGCCCAAUGCAUUGUUCUCGUCCCGUAAAGCUGGCUACCCGUGGCCGCGCUUCAGUUUCCACGAUCUCAGCGGUCAUCCCACCAAGCCACAAGACGCCAACAUCACGUUCAACAUGCGCUCCGUCACCUUGUCGCCGACGGGCAACGUCUCGGCCGGAGACGAUCGAGUUCUGGUCGGACUUCGAAUCAGCCUCCUCAAGCUACCAUCUGAUGGGUCUGGGUCGUCCCUUCAGGAUGCCACAUCUGCACAAGCUGAUUUUCCUGGGCUGGUGCGCGGUUCACCUAGUAUUCCACAAGGGGCGCAUGUUUCCCAGCUGCUGGUUGCCUUCGGGCCGGGCCCGCAUCAGAGUGUCAAGCUGGACUACGAGCGGUUCGCGAGAGUUAUCCCUGGAUUUGGACAGGGGGUGGAUGUUCUUGAGGUGGUGGCGGACCUGUAUCGGUGGGAUGAGGCCAAGCAGAGUUAUCGCAUUGAUGGAGAUUGGCAGGUGUGCUUGGACGAUAUCGAGAUUGAGGUCGUUCAACCAAAGAAGAAGGAGGAGGAGGAUGAGAGUAUGCUGGAAAGUAUGCAAGGUCAAGAGACCAGACUGUUUCUGGCCGUGGCGGAGGACGGGAGGUUGAUUGAUGACAAAGAAAGAGGCGAGAAGUUGUGGAGGGAGAUAGAACAGGACGGGAGUGCUUUGGUGUACGAAACCGUGGACAUUGAGUAGAAUCAGGGCCGUGUCAUCGAGCCGAGUCCCUGCCUUUCUCGAAAUGAAAAUCUGUCGAUCCUUGA